GCACUCUUAGAGCUACCAUCCAUUAAGUUAUUCUCAAAUAACUCGAACUAGCUCGCAUUCGUUUCCUCUGCAUCCCUCUCCUCGCUAUCACAUACGCGAUACGUUCGUCACUAUUCCCACUGCUCUCAGGCUGCGCAACCGACAGAAUGCGACUUACCUUCGUAAACCAGACGGAGGAUCCCUUGGAACUCCAGCUUCCCUCGCGAAACGGCACGAAAUGCGACACCCUUAUAGCCCUUGCACGCACAUCUGUCACCACUCCGCUCUCAGGCUUGACGAAGCGGACGCUCAGCCUCCAAGCUUGUCACAGCUCCCAUGGCGAGAAAUCGGAAGCUAAUGGUGCCCAGCUAGGCGGUUAUCUUUCAGCUUCUAUUCCUCUGACAAUGGGUGCCAAAUGGAAGACCGUUCGCGUGCAGGAGGAGUGCCCCUGGCGGAUCUACCGGAGCCGGAUAACCCGGAAGCACCAUAGGCUGACGGUGCUACCCCGUAGAGACAUGGCGAGCUUCCUGUCGGACAUGCCGGAUUCCGUCCCACUCUCCGCGUUGGUCCUCCCAGGCACUCAUGAUACCAUGGCGUUCUACGGUUGGCCCAUUUCGCAAUGCCAGUCGCCUACCACCCCACUCUCCGUCCAGCUCCACGCCGGGAUACGCGUCCUCGACGUGCGACUCGCUGUCGUCGACGGCCGCCUCAUCGCCUACCACGGCAUCUACCCGCAACGCACGCCCUUCCAGGACAUCCUCCGCGACAUACACGGCUUCCUCACCGCGGCGCCGACGCGUCGCGAGACGCUCGUCAUGUCGAUCAAGCAGGAGGACUUCGCGCAGACGCCGCUCCCGUUCUUCUCGCAGUGUGUGCACGACGAGAUCACGAACGGCCCGGGCGGGCUCGCCAUGUGGUGCCUGGAGAACCGCAUCCCGACGCUCGGCGAGGUGCGCGGGCGUGUUGUGCUCUUGAGCCGCUUCGGGGGCGACGGGAGCGGGUGGGAGGGCGGUCUGGAGGGGCUCGGCAUCCACCCGACGGCGUGGCCGGAUAGCGAGAAGGAUGGCUUUACGUGGACGCUCAAGGGCACGCUCGUGCGCACACACGACUGGUACAGCAUUCCGUCAUUCCUCUCAAUUCCUGAGAAGACGGAACUCGCAACACAGAUACUGCUCCCGCCGCCGAACAACCCUCCGUUCCCAGUCCUCAACAUCACCUACUUCUCCGCCGCGUCCUUCCCUCUCGCGUUCCCGCCGACGAUCGCGAAGGGCUUCGGCUGGCCGAAGUGGGGAUUUGGUGUCGAGGGCGUGAACGGGCGCGUGGGCAAGUGGCUGCUCGACCAGCUGAGCGGCGACGGGGAAGAGAAGCAGGGCGGCGAGGACGUGCGCAUUCGCGGAUGGGCGUUCAUGGACUAUUACGUGGAGCCCGAGGAUGGCGCGAUCGUGCCCCUGUUGGUUGAGUGCAAUUACAGGGGGCGGAAGAAGGGCGAGGAAGGGUGGGAAUAGUCCAUUGCUACGGAGGAUGGGUUGAGAGUCGUAGAUUCAAUACCAUGUCUAUGCUCCCGAUGGAUGAUCAUAUGCAUCUGG